AUGGAUUAUUAUGAGGCUUAAUUAGAGGAAAAGGAGUAGAUGCUUUAAAAGGCAGCUCAAGUUAUUGAAAGUUUAAAAUUAGAUUUUGAAAACUUAUUAAUCCAAUAUCAAAAAUCUGAGGCAGAGAAAACUUAAAUCAAAGCUUCCUUCUCGAAUUGGGAUCAGAUGCAAUAAUUUGAACAACUCAAACUCUUAUUGACUCAAGAGGUUAUUAAUUUUCAUCCUGAAUAAUUCAAAACUCCAUUUACUCAAUUUAACUAUAAAAAUGAAUUAGAAUUAUCACUCUAAAGAGAAGCCAAAUUCAAAGAUUUUCUUUUAUCUAUGAAUGAAAAUGUUAAACUUCUAAUAGAUGCUUACUCCAAAUGCAUUGAUGAACCAAUCACUUAAGGAAUAUAAUAAAUUUUGUUUGAAUUUGAAAUUUGGGAUAAAUGCCAAGAAUAAAACAGUGUUUUAUAAUUGCAAAUUGCAGAACAUCAAAUUCUUACUUAUACUAAAUAAAUUUCUACUCAUUAAGAAAUGUCUAAUAUUUAUAAUCAAUUAAUAGAAUAUGACUAAUAAAAAGAACUCUCAAAUUAAGAAUGUUUUUAAAAUCAACAAUUAUAACAGAUAUUAAAUGCCAUACAAGAAAACACGCAGGUAACUUAAAAAAUGGCGUUGAAGAUUGCCGAACAGCAAGCAAAAAUAAAAGAAAAUGCUUAAGAGAUUGUUGAACUUAAAAAGUAAAUAGAAGAAUUGCAAUUGCUCAAUCAAUAAAUAAACAAUCAGAAAGAAGAAUUGCAAUAAACUUUUAAUUAGUCUAAAUAAUAGCAAUCCAAAUUAUAGCAGUAAGCAAUUGAAUAUUUACAAAUGAUUGAUGAAUAUGAAAGAAUUUUUAAUUCAGAAAAAGUAGAUGGAGAGGAAUAUAACAAAGUUACUGAAUUAUUUGAAUAAUCCUUAAUUGAUCUAGAGAACUUGUAAACUAAAUAUGAAAAAAAAGAACUCUAAGCCAUUGAUUUACAGUAAUAAUUAAAAUGUAAACAAUUACAAUUCGAUAACACCCUAAAAGAGAUCAAAGAACUACUUGACAAAUAUUAACUCUAAAAAUAAGAGAGUAUUCUUCAUAAGAUAUAUUAAAUUUGCAAUAAAGGAAAAUCUAACUGUUAAAAUGUUCCUCCAAAUUAACUUUUACUAUAACUUUCAAAAUCACUUUAAAAAAGAAGUGCUACUCCUUAGAAUGCAUAAAAGAUUAUUAAUUGA